GUUCUCUCAUUCACUAUGGAGGAAAAACGUUCUCCCGUUCUAGUUCAUAGCGAAAUCACACUAUGACCUUUCCUCCCUGGUUCAUAGUCCACGCUUUCUCUCUGCAGUGCGAAUAUGGGAGACAAAAAGAUACUUAGCAUUGGUUUGGUGUGUUUGGAUAUCAUUAAUGUUGUGGAAAAAUACCCGGAAGAAGAUACUGAUACCAGGUGUUUGUCACAGAGAUGGCAGAGGGGAGGAAACGCGUCAAACACGUGCACAGUUCUGUCUCUGCUUGGAACCCCGUGUGCAUUUAUGGGGUCUUUAGCUCCUGGACCAGUAGCUGAUUUCAUCGUGGGGGAUUUUGCACGGCGUGGGGUGGACAUUUCUGGUGUGGCUUGGCAGCAGAGGGGUGAGACCCCGUGUGCCUGUUGUGUGGUGUGUCCUGCCACUGGCUCCCGCACUGUCGUGCUCUCAGACACAAACUUGCCAGAUGUUUCUGUAGAGGACUUUUCAAAGGUGGACCUCAGCCAAUACAAGUGGAUCCACUGGGAGGGCCGUAAUGCUGAAGAACAAGUGAAGAUGAUUGAGACGGUGAGAGAGUAUAACAGCAAACAGGAGGAGAAAAACAGAAUCACAAUCUCUGUGGAAAUAGAGAAGACCAGGGAACCCCUCUACCAGUUGUUUCCUCAUGGUGAUGUGGUCUUUGUUAGUAAGGAUGUGGCAAGACACUUUGGGUUUGAUUCAGCCUCUGCUGCACUGAAGGGCUUCAGCAGUCGUAUAAGGAAGGGGGCUACCCUCAUUUGUGCCUGGGCAGAAAAUGGAGCUGAUGCCAUGGGUCCUGAUGGCGUUGUCACCCAUUCAGAUGCAUUCCCACCCGAGAAGCUGGUAGAUACACUUGGAGCAGGAGAUACAUUUAAUGCUUCUGUAAUCUAUUCACUGUCAAACGGGGGCGGCCUACAGGAUGCACUCACAUUUGGCUGCCAGAUUGCAGGCAAAAAAUGCGGUGUCCAUGGAUAUGAUGGAAUUGUUCAGUGAACGUGGUGGAGAGGUGCACAUCUGGAAUGUACUACAGACAUGGUGCCUGUUAUGAUCUACUGAUUGUUUUAAGGCACUAAGCAUUGACAAGGCAAUAGGAAAGUCUUUAAAACACUGAUCUGCCAUAAAACUUAUGACCAAUUAUGACUGAAAGGACUAUGGGAAAGAUAAUUCAAACUAAUAAUGUUUUUGUUUUACUAAGGUUCCUGUGUAUUAGCAUUAAAAUAACAAGAGAUAGCAUAUAGCCAAAUACAUUUUAACAAUAGAAAAACAUGUAGAGAUCAAAGCCUUCUGUAUUAAAAACUUACUGAAGGGAGGAAUUAUUGACGACAGGCCGGUGACUUAAUGAAAGUUAAUAUACAUCUGAGGUGGUUAUGUGUAAACAAAGAGAAAAGAAGUUAUAUGGGAUUGUAAUGCUGUCAAAAAACUUGGAAAUAUAAUAAUUUAUCAGUGUUGGGGUAUAAGUAUUAAUGUGUGAACUUAAUUUCAAAUACUUCAGACAAGUAUGUGAUUUGUGAAUGCAAUGUACAAUUAUUUUAAAUCAAUACAAAUUUUCAUAAAGCUGCAUUGAAGGGAAAACGAGUAGGUGCAAUCAAUUUUACAGAAUUUCGUUGAUUUCUUAAGUUUCAUAGCACUUUGAUAACCGAUAAUUGUUGUUAUGAGAACUUCUGGCAUAUUGUACCCCGAUUUUAAGUGGAAAAUUGGCAAGCAUCACAGCAACAGGAGGAAGCAAAUGUAUUUGAGUUUGUAGAGAAAAAGAAAAGGAAGAGAACAUACUUUAAGUGUGUAAGGAUGAAAGACAAACAAGACAUGUGACAUUUUCCACUCAAUCUCAUUAAGACAGCUGGCCAGCACUACACUGAUUACACUGACUACCACACCUAGUGUGUAAUAACAACACACUGUCUGUCUGGCUGUCUGUUUGCAACAAUAAUGCUGAAAAUAUCCAUUUGGGGUUAUAUGGGAAAAUUAAAAUGCAUAUGAAACAUUUAACAAAGAUAAACAUAAGAGUCAGGUCCAAAAGUCUUGAGACCACAUUCAAAAUCUGGGAUUUUUUUCAUUUAAACCUAAAACAGAAUUUACAGUAAAAAACAAACAAAAAAAAAACUGUUAAAUGAUAAAAGUUACUGAUAUUCUGCACUAUUUCUAGGUCAAGUGUAAUCAAUUUUGUGACUAUGCUACUCUGUAUAAAAGGUCAGAUUUCUUUGCUUCCAUUGGAGCACACAAGAUGCUCUUUGGAUCAUUCUCAAAUUAUGCUGGAUAACAUGGAUCAUCAGGUUUUAAACAAACUUGUGUAAUUUAUGCCAGCUCAAGUGCAUGCAUGCUGCCAUUAAAAGAGGGACAUACCAGUAGUAAUAAAUUCUGAAAUUUAAAUUUUUGCUCAAACUGUUAUUUUGUAUUAAAUUAGAAAAAUGCAAUAAGAAUUUUAACAAGUUGACUCAGACUUUUGGACUCCACUGCAUGCUUGGCAUUCCAUACAGGCUAGAUCUAGGGUCAUUAAAGUAAUACAUGCAAAAAUACAGUAUUAUUAAGAAACUGAAAGAAAACAAAAUGAAAAAAAAAAAAACAUGGAAACACUAAAACUCCUCAUGGUGGUACAGAUGAGACAGAUGGGAGGAGGUUCACUCGCCAACGCUUUGUCUAGACACCAGUGGCUUAACAAACAGAAGGCUUUAUUCCAUAAACUACAUCCCAGUAUGACUAUUGAUGGACACCCAGAAAUGUUGUUCUUUCCAUUAAAUCACAAGCCAAUUUCCAAAUGACUUCUCUGGCUUGCAAAGUGGAAAAUUGUAUGCAUUGUACACUCCUCUCCUCAAUCACACCGUUUCUGUACACAUGCCUCUAAAAAUAAUUAUUACAAAAGGGAAACAGUUGGUCUUUUCCAUUCAGAAAACAUGCUUUCAAUCACGUUUUGCUUUUACAAAUGAUCCGGCAGCUCGUGUAGUUUUUCCAUGUCGAAUAGAAAAUAGACACAGACGGCAGCAAAACCUGCAGGUCUUGCACCAUCAAUCACUGAAUGGAAUUCUAUUCAACAAAAUCACGGUUCUUGAGUACCAGAAAACUUUCUGUUGUGCUUGGGACAAUGAACAGUAGUCUGUGUAAUGUUUUGCACAGUGCCAGUGUGAAAUUUGUUGCUAUGUCUUGUUGUAAUCCGGUACGCCACCUGAUGAAAUUGCAAAACCAAGCUCAGGGGAGAUUACAUUGUGUAAAAUUAAAUAUCUUUAUUUGAAACACGUGUUGCCAACAUACACACACAAGGUAACAGGUUAAACCAUAAGGGGGACCUAUAGAAUCUCACAAUUGGUCUACACCGGACGCAUCCAUUGACGCGACACAACGGCUUGAGGCCAUCUCGAUUGAAAGCAUCGAAGCGAAUGUUCGGAAUGAUGUGCAGAAAGCACGGACCAAUCAGCUGUUAGUGCGCAUAGACUUCAGCAGCUGUUAAAUGGGUGAAUAACUAGUUAUAUCCUACUUUAUUUUCAAUGGUAAUCCACUAGUAUAAACAUUUACUUACUAUAUAAUUAUUAUUGUAAUGAUGUUGUUGCUAAAACUGCGUAUACCUGUACAUGUGAUUUUAAACAAAAGAUUAAUUAAAUUAGUAGACCAGAAAUAUCACAAGCUGGCUUUAAAGGUGCUGUUAGUGAUUUUAGCCAUUCUGGAACUCUCUAGCUAGACCACUAGCUCUUUCCAAAACACCGCCCUCCAAAAAUAGUGUUGAGACCGACACCGAACAGUAGAGCAGUGCGUCUUCUCACUGUUGUCAAACACAACAGUAGCAAAAUAGUGCCUGAAUAUGCCGUUAAAACUAAAUGAAUCGCUUCAACUACUACAUUAUGAGAAUGUGCAAAACUAUUGACAGGCAGAAAGCACAUCAGAAUCUUCUGACUCGCUCAAGGAAUGUGAAGCGGCCCACGGACACAUUUUUGUUUGCUGUUUACACAGUCUA